AUGGCAUCUGACGGCAUCUGGCCCAAUCGCCGCGUCGAUCACCACAGAUCCGAUCAGGGCCUCAAACACCAGCAGCUGCCCGAAGGCUUGCCGCAGCUUCGCUCUCCGAGCGCAUUCCUGUGCGUGGCCCGAGAGCUGUCGCCAAGUGAUUCGCCCCAGACGCUCCAGCAGCCUUCAUCGCAUCUUUGGGGGUGCUCACGAGCCAGUGCAACGGCCGCUUCGAGGACAGGCUACUGGUGGCGGCCGGAGAAAUCUGGAGACGGUGAUCGUCGGGCUAAGCCUGAAAGUCAUAUCGUUGCCCUUAAGAUGCAGGGAGCGGCCGUUGCGCAACCAGACGACGCAGCCUCCCGUCGCUUCCUAAACCUCCUCGCCCAGGGGCCAAGCAGCGUCCAGAAACCUCUCCGCUGCUCGCUCCAGGAAGCCUCGAAUAUCCGUCGGAAACGCAGCCCAUCGAAAUCGGCCUCAGUAUUCCUCCGCAAGCUAGCCUACAUUGCUGCUGUCUCAGUCCCUCGCCCACCACCCACCACCAACGUCCAAUCUGUCGACCUCUCUCACCACCCGAUCAGUGCAUGCGUCGCACCGAGCCCACUGCUUGGCUGCAAGAACCAAUUGGCCACGCUGACGGCACUGACGUCUGGAGAGCAGUCCUCCAGCGCCCUCCACACGCCCUCACUAGCGGUCCGGCCCGCACAGGAUAGGCCACCAGCCUCGACUGAACCCUCAUUCCUCGAGAGCAGCCAUUGCUCCAGCCUUUCCCGACAAUUAGGUCGUUGUCUCGGGCUGUCCGACAUUAUCGUGGAGACCCAGUCCGCUUCACCUCGGUCACUUCUCAACUAUGGAUCAGAAUAUCGUCGCGCCAUCUAG